AUGGGAGGUUUCCCCAUCUGUUUACUCGGGAAAGGCCAGUUAGUUAAGCUAAAAAUCAUGAAAGGUGAAUUCGUUGAGCUGAAUACACUCCUGAAUAAGCAGGCAGAUUUUGACACACAAGAAAGUAGAGUUCUAUUCAUGAAUGGGCAGCUUACUUUAAAACCUACAAAUGCAACCAAAAUUACUAGUAUUGAUGCUUGGUUAGAUGCAUUUUUUAUAUAUAUGAGUAUUUAUUUGUCAUCACAUGUCGAUCAAACCCUCAGUCUCAUCAAAUACAUGGCCAAUGUCAAACUCGGUGCUAGCCGAGUUUCUGGGGGUUUAGGCUGGAGAGAAUAUGACCGACAAUUUCGUUUAAAAAGAGCGAAAGACAACAAUAUUUCAUGGGGGAAAAUUGAUCAAGAGUUAUGGUUACUUUAUAUUACCCCUAAUAGCAAUACUCAGUCUGUAUAUAAAAAUACUCUGAGCAACCCAAAAUUCUGUUAUGAAUACAACAACAAAGGUUUCUGCCGUGUUCAAAAUUGUCAAUAUCAGCAUCAAUGUCGCAAGUGUCAAAGCAAACAUCCUGCUAUUCAUUGUUCUGAUAAGCAAGUUGUACAUAAGUUACCAACAUCAAGAGCUUUUCAAGCGCCCCAGCCAAUCUCAUCAACUUUUCGCCAGUCAGGCAACAAAUAUCAAGCAAACUCCUUUCGUAAGAACAGGUUCAACUCCAGUUAAAGUUGACUUAGUGUGCCCAUAUUUAUCAGUAUAUCCAAACAAAUCUAUAGCUGAUGAAUUAAAGAACAGAUUUAGAUUUGGGUUUUACCUUCAUUAUGAGGGCCCUAGAAUUUCUACGACCUGCACA